AUGACAACUGAGCUGAUGUCGUUAGUUAAGGGAAAGGACGAACCUCUUAGGGAGUUCAUCACCAGAUUCAACAAGGAGGAAACAACCAUUCCAAAUAUGAGUCAAGAGGUAGCGCUGCUAGCAAUGCAGAGAGCCUUGCUACCAGGCUCACCCAUCAGAGCGUACAUGGGGCGUAAGAGCCUCAAAACACAAGCUGAAGUGCUGGGUAAAGCGCACGAGUUCAUCAAGGCAGACGAAACAGACAGAGCCAUGCUGAGUAGGAAAGCACCGGGUGACUCAGCUAAGCGAGUAGAGGCUACCCGGGCAGAGAACACACCCAGGGCUGACCAGCCAAGCAGGGCAGAGCAAUGCCGCAGAGAAGCGAACAGGGCAGUGGGGGUGAGAAGGUCAGAUCUGAAGAGAGGGCCAAGACCUGGAAGGUUCGACCAAUAUACCCUGCUAACCCACUCAAGAUCUCAUAUCUUCAACGUGAACAAAGCUGAUGAUAAGUGGCAGAGACCCCCAAGGAUGGUCAAUAGAAACCGUGAUACCCGCAAGUGGUGUGACUUUCACAGAUAUUAUGGCCAUACCACCGAUGAAUGCACACACUUGAAGGAUAACAUAGAGGAUCUAGUCAGGAGAGGAUACUUAAAUCAGUUUAAGCAGCGCGAUGAUUCUCCUAGAAGGAAGGACGAGGAUAGAGCAGGCCGCGCUGACCGCAAAGGGGUUAUAGGGGUCCCGCUGGGGACAAAGACAAAGAUGGUAAGCCAGAGGGCAGGAUGUAUGUGA